AGUCCACCUGCAACUGACCCUCACAAGUUAGCCCAUUAGUUAGCCAUGGCGGGCCUCCCACCAUCAGAUCUACAACUUGUAGAUUCUACCCUGGACCCCACUGCUGGGGAAUUUUCAGCAAUGGACACCUCGUCAUUUCCAGAACUUAGCACCUCUUCCUGUUCGUCCUACACCUUGAGUCCAGAAGGAACAUACUGUUAUGGAAAUGAACGCAAGGCGUUGGCUGACCAAACUAGGUUUUUCAACAGUGAAAUCUUGAGCGAUGUCAUUUUGAAAGUCGGAGAGCAAACCUUUUAUGCCCACAAACUGAUACUGAUCAAAACCAGUGAUGUCUUUGAGAGGAUGUUUAGCUCAGGUUGGAGUGAAGCAAACUCAAAGUGUGUUGAACUGGUAGAAGAAGGGCCCUGUAUCGAAUAUUUUGCAAGAUUCCUGAAAUUCCUUUAUGGUUGCCAGAUUAUCCUCAGCAAGGACAGCUGUUUACCCGUCUUGGUCUUAGCAGACAAGUACAAUGUCGCAGAUCUGAAAAAUGUGUGCGUAAGUUUUGCAUGCAGCAGCAUAAUCCCCAAGUUGCAACUGAAACAAGUUUUCCAUACCUGGUUUCAGUAUGCUACAAAAUGUGACCACAAGCAGCUGGUGUCUGCUUGUAUUUUGGCUUUGUCAGAGGAGAUGAGUGAAAUCAUGUUGUCCGGGGAAUGGCAACGUGAAUGGGAGGAAUUGGACAAAAACCAAUUAAUUGAAAUUCUGAAAAGCUCAGAUCUCUGUGUUACGGAUGAGUAUGAGGUGUGGCAAGCAGUUCUCGCCUGGGUGAAAAGUCCUCAAAAGUUAGAAAGAAGAGAGAACUAUCUGAAGGAGAUUUUACAGUAUGUUAGAUUCCCAAUGAUGACCCCUGACCAGUUGUACUCUAUNGCUAGAAUACGAAUAUAUAUCGUAUAUAAUAUAUGA